GUCGCUCUCCGGCCCCGUGCCGUCCCCCACCCCCACCAUUCCUCCUCUCCUCUCCGGCCCCUCCAAUCCAAUCCCGCCGAAUCCACUCCUCCUCCUCAUCCCCCUCCCACGGCCUCGCCUCGAUCCGGAAGGAAUCUCCCCGGCCGGCCUCCCUCCCUCCAAUUCCGCGCCCAACUCCCCAGGUUCGUUCGCUCUUCUUGCCGUCCGCAGAUUCGGUUCCUCUGGUCGUUUCCGCCUCCGAGAUUCACCGAUUCCCGUCCCUCCCGUCUUUGUUUAUCAGCCUGGGGGCAUUUUCGAAUCGUCCUCCCUCGAGGCGUCUGUCUCGGCCCCAAAGAUCCAAUUCGGUUGGAUUCUUGCUCCCGAGCCGGAGCCCGUCCGGAGGUGCACGACCUCAGACCGGCGCGGAGGGAGUUGAUGCCACCCGGCGAUGGAUCGCCGAGCCUUCAGGAGUAACUCGUGCAACAGCAAGAACCCGGCGCCUCCCCCCUCGCCCUCGGCGGCGUCGGCGGCGGUCUACCGGACGUCCUCGGCGCCGGUGGGGGACUCCAAGGACAACGUCGGCGAGCGCAAGGCGCUGCUGCCCCGGCGCCCCGAGGGCGGCACGGCCCGCAAGGCCUACAAGGGACCCAUCCUCGGCGCCCUCACCGUGGAGGACAUCAAGAUCUCCUCGGCCAACUCGUCGCCGAGCCCGAGCCCCGACGACAUGCCGAUCCUGGGCACCGUGGGGGCCUACUGGAACUGCAGCGGCGCCAAGGGGGGCGGCCAUGAUGAUUCGGUGACGAGAGGCGGGUUCAUGAAGACCAGGAGCAGAUUUGGGCAGAACUUGGCUUGAUGAAAAUGGUGAACUGCCCUCCAGAAUUAUGAUGAAAUAGGCUAGAAAGAAGAGCUGUGAAUUAUAAGAAGAUACAGUGUGAGUGAGUGAGAGAUUGUUCCAUGAGUGAGAGAUUCUUUUAUGUGUUUGUAAACAUGCCAUGUCAGCAUUCUAUAUAGCAUGGUAUUCUUUUUGUGUGGCAUUGUCAUAUGAUGUACUAUUAUUUCAUUCACCCUUUGUCAACAAUCAAAUAUUUUGUACUAGUGCAUUUGAGUUCAGUUUCACCUUUC